CAGCAUCACUGUGGGGACCUCGGCGGCAGCGGGGGGACACGGACCCGGACCCUCCCUCGGGAGCGAACCCGCUCCCUCCCUCUCCGCGCCCCGCUGCUCGCCCCCGCGCUGCCUGAUCCAGGGGGGCAGCGUGCGGGUCCCCCGGUAUCCAUGGCGAUGGGCGGCUGUUUCCCCCCGCGCCCCCUCCCCUUCUCCGCCGCAGCCGGCGAGCAGCCGCAACCGGCGCGGCGGCACCGCGGCGGCGGCACCGGGGCUCCGGACGGGCGGGAGCGACGGGGCGAGCUGCGCCCCCUCCUCGGGCAGCAGCAGAUCGCCUCCGGCCCUAGCGCCUGCACGGCAGCGAUGCAGCCCCCGGAGCCCGGUCGGGCCGGCGGAGGCCCUUCCAAUGGCACCUGGUGGCCCAACUCCAGCGGCAGCCACCUCCCGAGGGAGAACUACACCUUCCUGGCCUACUACCAGCAUUCCACGCCCGUGGCCCUCAUGUUCAUCCUGGCCUACACCUUCAUCUUCCUCAUGUGUGUGGUGGGCAACGUCCUGGUGUGCUUCGUGGUGGUGAAGAACCGCCAGAUGCGCACGGUCACCAACGUGUUCCUCCUCAACCUGGCCAUCAGCGACCUGCUGGUGGGCAUCUUCUGCAUGCCCACCACCCUGGUGGACAACCUCAUCACAGGCUGGCCCUUUGACAACACCAUGUGCAAGAUGAGCGGGCUGGUGCAGGGCAUGUCCGUCUCCGCCUCUGUUUUCACGCUGGUGGCCAUCGCCGUGGAGAGGUUUCGCUGCAUCGUCCACCCCUUCCGGCAGAAGCUGACGCUGAGGAAAGCCCUGCUGACCAUCGCCAUCAUCUGGGUGCUGGCCCUGCUCAUCAUGUGCCCCGCUGCCGUCACCCUGACUGUCACCAGGGAGGAGCACCACUUCAUGGUGGACACCUACAACAACUCCUACCCUCUCUACUCCUGUUGGGAGGCCUGGCCCGAGACGGGGAUGAGGAGGAUCUACACCACCGUCCUCUUCUCCCACAUCUACGUGGCUCCCCUCGCCCUCAUCGUCGUCAUGUACGCCCGCAUCGCCUUCAAGCUCUUCAAGUCGGUGGCGCCCGCCCACGGCGGAGAGGAGCCGGAGGGGAGGAGGAUCUCCCGGAGGAAGGCCAAGGUCAUCAACAUGCUCAUCAUCGUCGCCCUCUUCUUCACCAUCUCCUGGCUGCCCCUGUGGACGCUGAUGCUGCUGACGGACUACGGGCGGCUGAGCGAGGACCAGCUGCGCCUGCUCGCCGUCUACGUCUACCCCUUCGCCCACUGGCUGGCCUUCUUCAACAGCAGCGCCAACCCCAUCAUCUACGGCUACUUCAACGAGAACUUCCGCCGCGGCUUCCAGGAGGUCGUCAGGGCCCCGCUGUGCUCGCUCCGCUGCCAGCGCGGGCCCUACGGCCCCCGGAGCCACGGCCGCGGCACCCUCUGCGGCACCCGCAGCCGCGACUCGCCGGCCGUGUCCGAGUCAGGCCCGCUGGCCCCGCGCCGCGCCGGCGUCCCCGCCUGGGACGGCUGAGCAGCCGCGGCCACCAAACCCCUCUGGACAGAGGGAGUGGGAAUUGGCCACGAGACAUGGGAAUAAAGGUGUGUCCUGCUGA